ACACAACGGGGCCACAUUGCUACAUCUCGCGUGUUUGAACAGGGAGCCCUCCUCUCAAAGCAAACAUCGCAAAGUCCUCCCAUCGCAAAGCCACCGAGGCGAAACAACGAUGGCGACUGGAGCUGCAUCGACAUUCCAGGCUGCCGCACGACUGCUACUGCCACUGCUGCUUCUGCUGCCAUCGGCCCUCGACGGCUUGUCGAUUGUGAGCAACUGCCCCGGCGCGCACGGCAGCGACAACUACCGCAAAUGCUUCUGCGACGAGGGCGGCAGCUUCGUGUGCGACCUCUUCGACUCGCACGCGUUGCCCAACCGGCUCGCUCGCCUCGCCGCUGACCGCUACAACGUGGAGCGCGGAUCGCCCGCGCGCUUCUACGAACUCCGCAGGGUCAUCGCCGCGCAAGAGAUCCUGUGCUCCGCGCGAGAAGCCAACGCCAUGGACUGUUGCGAGAGGGCCUUCUUUGGAGGGCUCAUACCGUGGAAGGCGCAGAUGGACUCAAAUGCGCCUUCCAAUUAUCACUUCACCUUUGAAUUAACGGAAUAUCCGAGUAAGCUCGUGUGCAAGUGCAAGGCGCACAUCAGCUUCCUGAGGUUGCCCGGCAAGGCCAUGCGGGCCGACCACCUGGCCUGCGACUUCCCGCGGGGCGGCGACGCCGGGCCGCCCCCCGUCAAAGACGACGACGCCGCCGACACCGGCAUCUCGCUGAGAGACGCCCUGGAGAAGCUGGGGACUCAACCGCCGGCCGUCAUCGGCUCGGUGUUCCCUGACAGCUUUGGGAAUGUCCUGAGCGUGCUGAAACCGUUCUGGAGGCUGGCGAAGAUCGGAGGAAGCUUCGUGAACCUCGAGCGGGGAGACGUCAGCAGCAAAGUGACGCUGACUCAAGUGCGCAGUGUCCAGCAAGUGGUGCCCGAGAGUGACCCCGAGGGUGACCCCGAGGUUGACCCCAAGGGUGACCCCAAGGGUGACCCCAAGGGUGACCCCAAGGGGCUGCAGUUCCAAUUCCUUGCCCUGAUGCACGAGCUCCCAUCACAGGAAAUCAUCCCGUGCUCCAUGCUGAUUGGCUGGCGCGAAGGCCAGAAUGUCUCCGUGCGGUUCAACUGCUCCGAGCCGGCCUGCCUCGCUCCGGCCCCGGAGGACGGCUCCGGAUCGGGGCAGGGCUAGAGGCCAUCGCGAGACCUGCCAAGGAGCUCACUCGCUCACCCCCUCAACACUCGCUCGCCCCCUCAACACUCGCUCGCCCCCUCACCACUCACUCACCCCCUCAACACUCACUCGCUCACUCACCACUCGCUCACCCCCUCAACACUCACUCGCCCCCUCACCACUCACUCACCCCCUCACCACUCACUCGCUCACUCGCUCACCACUCACUCACUCGUUCGCUCACUCACCCCCUCACCACUCACUCGCUCACUCCCUCACUCGCUCAGUCACCCCAUCACCACUCGCUCACCCCCUCACCACUCGCUCGCUCACUCACCCCCUCACUCACUCGCUCGCUCCCUCACUCACUCACUCGCUCGCCCGCUCACUCACCCCCUCACCACUCACUCGCUCACCCCUCACUCGCUCGCUCGCUCACCCCCUCACCACUCACUCGCUCACCACUCACUCGCUCACCACUCACUCGCUCACCCCUCACUCGCUCGCCGCUCACCCCCUCACCCCUCACUCGCUCACCCCUCACUCGCUCACCACUCACUCGCUCACCCCUCACUCGCUCGCCCGCUCACGGAGGCUCCAGAUCGGGGCAGGGCUAGAGGC